CUUUGGAAAUCUCACUCAAUACAACAUAAAAAUGUUCAAUAACACAUUAAACGUUUUCUCGGCGAAAUUCUCUGCACCAUACAGAAAGUAAUGUAACAUUUUGUAUGAUUUCUUUCCUGACAAAAUAGUCAAAAUCCCGCGCCAUUUUGUAUGUUUUGUUUUUUAAAUUAUUUUUCACGCAUGCGUAUCGCCCCACAAAUCAAUAGCGAACUUCCGCAUUGAAAAUUUCAGCUUCGUUGAUAAUUCGACAAAUAAAUCCUGCAAAGGCUGCAAUCGAGAUGAUAGAUUGAUUAUAAGUGGGAUAUUAUGCUCUGUAACACUACAAGCAGCGUGUUCUUUGAUUUUCAAACUUAAAUAUUUAAAUAUAAUAUUUCGUAUCGUUUUACUUUCUUUUUAGAUUUGCACUUUACUUUCCAAAAUGAGCAUGGAAGCUGAAGUCUUAAGUGGAAGCAUAUGUAGACAAAAAUAAAUGUUGAUGUCAUAUUUGUGUUGCUUUGCUUUAGUUUGCUGGCAAUUUCUAUUUCUUCAGGAUGAGCAACAACGAUCAGGAUGUUUUAAGCGAGUUAUCUAACUUGAUCGAAACCUUAACCACCUCUGGGAGUAGAAAUUUAGACGAAAAACUCUUCAAAAGAGUCAAAUCGAUUUGCAAAAGUUCAGACGAAAAUGUGAAACAUUUAUAUCGAAUGAUUAUGACACAAUUGGAAAAGAGGCAUUCCGAAAUUCGACUGUCGGCUUUGCAAAUCAUCAACGAAAUAUUUUUGAGGUCUCAUGCAUUUCGUGUAUUGCUUGUUGAUGAUUUUCAAAAAUUCUUGGGUCUGGCAAUAGGGGUGAACAGCAAAUUACCUUUGCCAGAACCCAAAGCAGUUGCAAUUAUAUUGAAAAAGCAGGCUUUCCAAGCAAUUGAGAAAUGGCACCAGAAAUAUGGCCCCCACUACGUGAAACUUGCCCUGGGUUACAAAUAUUUGAAGCGUGUUAAGAAGUUUAAUUUUGAUGACUCACAGCCACUUACAGAAGUGGAAAGGCUGAGAGCUCAAGAUGUUGAAACCAGAAGAGCAAACCUUGCUGAGCAAAAGCUAAAUGAUGUCUUGACCCAAAUGAGUGAUUCUGUCAAUGAGAUAGAAAAUGUCAUCACAGAAAUGGGGAACUGCUUUCGACUUGUUUUACCAAGCCCAGAGGAAUUUGAUAUACACACCGGUGACACCACAAAUUCUGGAGGUCAAACUUCUGAACUAUCCGAUAGUGAUAUCCCUAGCACAAGUUCAGGCAUAACUCACAGUUCAGUGAACAAAAUACAAUGUGCACUGAGCUAUGAUAAUUUGAAUGACCAUGGUCAAAUUUCAAGGUCAUACCAACUUGAUAUUACACUUGAGACAUCAAUUGAAAUAAUCAAAACAGAAGACAAUAUGGAUGUGCUUGGAACAUUACAAGAACUCAAUAAACAGGUUGUUGACAAGUAUUUACCUCUCACACAGAAAUGGCUUGAAGUCCUAACCAAACAUAGUGGUCAUCAUGAGAACCUUGUUCAAGCAAUUGACCUGAAAAAUUCAUUAUUAGAACUGAAAUAUAAGUUUGACAAAUUGAGAAUUAUAUCAAAUAAAAGUUUGAAGGAUUUGGGUGCUCAGGGGAAUACUGACAAAUGUGUUGAAAGUAAAAAUGAUGGAACUGCAGAAGAUGAUUUCAUUGAUGUCCCUGAGAAAGAAGGACUGGAACAUGUACCAGAAAGCUGUUGGAAUGAAUAUGGAUUAGAACCUGCCUAUGCUUCAAAACCUAACAAAGGUGGUGCUCAUACAACCAAUGCAAUCACAUGGAAUCCACAUGGAAUCCAGUCAAACCUGGGAGACCCCAGUUCAAGAGCAACUGCCAUAGCAGUUCUCUUAGAGAAACAUGAGAAAAAAACUGGUGGAAAACGAAAGGCAACACAAUGCAUUUCCACUUCAACAAUCACUAGACCAAAUGGCAUGGAAAAUAAAAAUGUCACUAGUGAAGUUGGCAGUCCUUCAUCUCAGAAAAGGGAUUCUGACACAAACGAAAAACGCACAAAAUUACUAAAAAAGGCCCCGGUUGUUCCAUUUGGGAUGGACUUGUAUAAUUGGGAAAGAAAAGAAGACGAGGCCCCCUCAGUGAGCAACCUAAAGUCGUUGCACUGUUAUUGGACUCGUCCGAACGACGACAACGAUGAUCAUUGCCCGGGGGAUAUAAAGGAAUCUAUGAAAUCCCGAAGUAUCCCCUUUGCUGGCGAAUUUCAGCAAAUCAAGUGGGCUUGUCGGGCUCCGUUACCCAGCGGGAAACUUUGCCCCAGAAAGGAUAGAUUCAAAUGUCCAUUCCAUGGUAAAAUCAUCCCUCGUGAUGUGAUGGGACGGCCCGAAGGCGAAGGUGACGCCAGCGUUAGUGACAAUCCAGUACAGUUGAGAAGCAGUGAACUCGAUGACGUAACGAGAGAUAUAGAACUUGCGACCGGAAUGGAUCUUGGAAGUAAAAAGGAUAAAAAAGGGAAAAAGCGGAAGCAUACAGGCCUAACGGAUUUGAAAAAGAAUUCGAACACGAGUCGAGCUCGCUUGGAGAAAAUUGUACUUAAUAAGGAAGCUCUUAAACGCGCCGCUGAGGAGUCGGACAGAGUAAAAAAAAGCCUGAUUGAUGAAAAAUUUGGGAAUAAUUGGAACUAUGCUUUGAAGCCUUGAAUUAUGGAACGAAAGUUCUUUGUGAAAUAAAUAUAUUUUAAAACUAUAGAAGUAAUAGAACUUCUUUUCAAUACAGUUUUAGAAACGGACCAUUACCAGUGAAAUGAAAAUAACUGUGUUAAAAGUGAUGGUCAGUUUAUUACAGUUCACUGACCAUCGCGCACGGCUAAAGUACUGGUGUCUAGUUUGCUAAACCAAUAUGGCGGCGAAAUUAAAAAUUUUACAACUUUAGUGAAUAAACACAAAUCAGUUUACUUUCUUUACUAUAUUAUUAAAAAGAACUGAAACAUUGUAGAUGCUAAAUAACUGAUAAACACUCGUUUGGUUUUUUCACGCAGUAGAGGUACAAUUUUAAUAGCGUACAAAAA